AUGUCCGCGCUAUUCAAUUUUCAAAGCCUGCUAAGCGUGAUUCUCUUGCUGAUAUGCACUUGUGCAUAUAUUAGACACUUUUGGCCAGCUCUGUUGGAUUCACGAAAGCAUGGACUUUUAGGAUUGUUUUGGAAAUGUGCAAGAAUUGGUGAACGUAAAAGCCCAUAUGUUGCUGUCUGUUGCCUUGCAGAAAAAACAACAACAACAACCAUGAACUUGCUAUUGAGAAGAAGAGUUCCGUCAUCAUCAUUAUCAUCAUCAUUGUACUUACGAAAUUGUUGUUUUCUAUGUCAUGAAGUCUGUUCGUCAUCGAGAAAUCCCUUCUCGACUUCUCCUCGAUUUUAUUCUGGUGGUCCUGUUCUAACUAACUCCAGACAACAAACUGAUCAUCAUCAUAAACAAAAGCAACAGCAACAGCAGACAGUUUUUCAUUCACAAGCAUUUUUUAAUCGAAAUUUUUUAUCUUCGCAUCGUUUUAAAAGUUCUCAAAGAAGUUCUGGAGGCUCGUCGUCAAGUUUCUUCAAUGAUAACUUGUUUGCAACACUGUCUGUUGGUUUACUACUUGUCGGUUGUUAUGCCUUUAAAUGGUAUAUAAACUUGGAACCUGAUUUUAGUCUACCGAAGAAGAAGAAGCAGGAAAAUUUAGAACACUCACGACCUUCACUUAAAGAAGAAUAUCCGGUGUCAGACGAUGCGUUGUCAGAAAAAUCAGAAAAGCAUCCUACUGUUGAAUCAAAUAAAAUUGCUACUCCGCCAGUUGUUAAUGCGACAACUACAAUACAGAUUCAGUGGUUGUUCAUUCAAAUGUUAUUGCAGAAGAAGGAGAAAAAGACAGUUGUCGAAAACUAA